GUUUCCGUUAGAAGAAAUCCGCAGUAAAAGACCUUUCUUCACUAAAUCCUAGCAUCUUUUUUCCUGCCAUGCGAAUGCCAGAGCCAAGGAGCUUAUCGCUAAAAAGUAAACAAAUGAUGUCACGCUGGAAUUCAUCUAUACCUUAUACUUUGGACUUGUUGUAGAUAUUGAACAUAGGUUAAAACUUUGUUUUCUUGUUUUAAAGUUAUUCUUGUUUCUUAACCUGUACAUCAAAAUUUGCCCUGCUAAAAGAGGAAGAAUUAGAGUAUGACAUUAUUGAAAAAGAAAACAAUUUUGGAGAAGAUGAAGACAGUGAUGAUGAGAUGGAAACCUUCAAUGAGCUUUUUAAAGGCACAAGACUGCAGACCUUUUCUAUUUGAGCCCCUCCUUUUCUUGUGAAACGGCAUUUUGCAUACAAAACGAAACGUUGUUAUUUAAAGUCAUUGCAUCAUCGUCACAUGAGAGGUUGUGUCUUCUGUGUAUUGCUCUGCCUUCUUUUUUAGCAUAGACAGCAUCGUUUGUGUCUCCACGGUUCGUACUGACGGUGCUGCUAAGACGAAUUCAGUUUAGCAGUAUUUCGAAUUCUCAAGGAGAAGAUUUUGAUAUGCUCUAUUUCGGCGUUGUUUUAGAUAGCUUCACCAAUGAGCUUUCGCUUUGUCAAUGCAGAGUCUCUUUCCUCCAACCUCUGCUAUGAUUUCCUUUUUUUCUGUGCUUUGGAGUAGACAAAAAUUGUUGGUACAGCCCCCUUCGUUAAAGUCCAUCUCGUAGGCAAACAAAGCAAUUCAUUCUGUAAAGAAAAUGAGGUGGUAAAUGAAAUGAUGAUAAUUAAUGAAUGUAGUACAAAACAUAUAACACUUUCUUACUGCUUAACUUUUUUAACACACAAAAAAAUCCAUUUGCCAACUAUGACGUUACGACUUUUUAAAUAACAGAGAACAGGAUUGUAACAAAAGGCCGAAUAAGAGCAAAAACAAGUUUUUUAUAAUAAUAAAUAAAACAUUUCCAAUAAAAUUAGAUGAAAUUAUUUUUUUGAUUUUUCUUGGGACCACUCCUUUGACAAAUUUUUUUAGCAAGUAGAGUAGAGCUUCAAACACUGAUCAAGAAAAUGUAUAGGAUCAUGCACUUUUGACAAACGGUUACAGAAAUAUUGGGGUUUUAAGGUUUUUUGAUGACGUCAUUAUCAACCUGUCCAUUCCAAAACGGAUUUGGGACCCAGAUUUUGGAAACUUACCCAAUAUGGUCCCAGGUGGUCCCUAGUUACCCAUGUGUUGAAAAAUGACUGACAGCACCACCUCGUUUCCAAGUUAUUUGACGCUAAAGUAGUGUUAUUCAUGUCGUGAUGAAACGUCAGAAAAUUUAACAUUUGAGACAUAAGUUUUUUGGCUAAAUCAAAGGAAAAUGAAUAAUAAGGUGUUCCAAGAACCAGACUAACUGUAACCAUAACUUAAUAAUAUAGAUUCUUAAAAAAUGAUUGCAAUCAAAAAAUGAAAACCAUAUGUAUAUGUAUAUAUACUCAUUAAAAAUUCGAAAAUGUCACUUGUUAUAGUUUACCAUGUAUACAUAGUACACAUACAUGCGUAAAACAAGGUAUUAACCUUCCUCUGUCAACAAUAUGAUUUUAAGUCUGCUCAUAAAUAGUAAAAUUACAUGUAAAAGACAAGGGAAAAUAUGUUUGUUAUAACACCGUCUCCACUGUUAUGACUUUAGGGACAAAACUGUGUUUUUAAAAGGUUUUGCAUGUGUGUGACUUUUUUUAUAAUGAAAAAACUUUCCAUGAAAGAUAAUAAAAUAGCUUAAAAAUAUAUAUUCCCAUAGUUGUUUAAGUAGGACAGGAAUAACUUGCAACAUACUGUCAAUACACGAUAAUUAACUUCAUAUUUUUUUAAGAUAUCUUUGUACAUGCAAAUAUUUUAAGCUUUUUACCUCAUCAACUGGUUAUUUCAGAGUAUUGUCCAGUAAACAAAACACAUAAUUUAAUAAAUUAUAAUGAUUUUUAUUUUUACCAACAAAUUAUCUUGGUUGCCUGUAAAACAGCAAUUACUUUGUUUUCGUCAAAAAGGGCAAUUCUUAACCAGUACCAAAUUAUUUUUUCCAUAUUUUUUAAGUUAAAUGUGUUUAUAGAUUUAGAAAAAGAAAAUGUUUAUCAGAACACAGUCCAGUAAAUGGAAUUAACAAGAAUGUCCAAUUAUGGAGAUAAUUCACUAAUCCAAGGAGAGGGUGAUGAAAACGACUUUUUUUCAUCCAACGAUAGUAAUGCAUUUCACACAACCAUUGAAUCAUGUCUAAAGAGCCAGAAGGAGGAUGAGGAUGGCAAUAUCACGCAUAAAGCCAUACAAAUUGCAGAUAUGCUUGAACGAACUGCUUUUCAGUUAAGAAGUAAAGUAAAGGUUUACGAAAACAUGGAUCAGCGCACGAUUAGCAGAGCACGAAGAAGACGAAUACCUGUACGUGUUGCAGAAAACAUCUUUGUUAUUACACUGGUCUUACAGUGUCUUUGUCUCACUACACUAGCAUUGGUAGAUGCACUUGCUAGCAAAUUUGUUAGGAAACAACAUACGUCUUACAUUGCGGCUGUGGCUGUUAUGGUGAUUUUUCAGUUUUCCAAUCUGCUUAUCUCACUAGCUUUUACAGUCAAGUUAACCAAACAAUACAUGCAUCACACUGCUACAAUGAAGUUUUUAUUACAAUCGUAUUUGUCCACUUUGUUUUUGUUUGGUGGAAUAUACACUUUAAUAGCAAGAGUCAUGCCUAAAGCAUUUAAUGGUGUUCGUGGGCAUCGUGCCGGCAAAUAUUUCUCAUUGGAAUUAUACUCUGAACUUUUGUUUACAUCAAUCUCUACUGGAACUUUGUGUGGUGCUGCAAGUGUUGUUGCUGUUCACUGGUUACCUGAAAGUCUUAUGGCUUUACAAAUGAUGUUAAGUUUUAUAUAUUUUGCAUCCAUCUUGUCACAAGUAAUCAACCCUGCACCUCCGAAGAAGUCAGAAAAAAAAGUUAACAAUCGUUCAAGUAUUUACAGAAAAUGGCAAAAGAGAGAUUUUGGAACUUUUAAUGAAUGAUGGUGGCUGGUUUUCUGUGAUUUUUUUGGAUUACCCUUGGUGACAUUAAAUUGUUUUCAAUUUUUAACUUGACCUUUAGCGGAAUAUUAUCUGCUGGUAUGUGCCGGAAAAAUUUUUGGAUUGCAUUUGGUAAAUUCUAAAUAGUUAGAGAUUAUUUUUUUUCUAAUUAUGUAAAUAUAAAUUGUAUAAUAUUUGUAUAUUUUUAUAUAUUUUCUACAAUUUUUUUAUUACACUAAUUUUGUAGAUUAUGUUUGCAUCAACAUAAUAAAUAAAGAAAUGUAAUUUUGUAAUUAUACGAAAAUAUUUGAAAUAGAGCUUUUUUCGUUUUGGUCUUCCCUUUGCACAACAAAAGAAAACCUGAAUUUUAAGAACUCAGCCUGAUCAUAGGGCAUUGCCUUAAUCAAGAUCUGAGAAAUAUGUUGCCAGAAUACUUGCACCUUGUGAGAAAUUAGUUUUUAUCAGGAAAAGUCGAGAUGUGACAUAAGGACUUUGGAAUGACACAUUUUUUGCCCUUUUUUGUUGUAAAGAAAUAUGUUGUAAUUUUAAACAUUCUUUUUAUACAUAUGAAUCAAUUUUCUAACUGUAAUGAAAUUUUCUAAAUGUAAUAAAAACAACAGUAUUUUGUUUUGUAUUUUUACAUUAUGUUGUAGUAGUUUUUUAGAUUAUGUUGUCUUGAGAGUA